AUGGCCCCAACCAAAGCCGUCACCGCGAAGGACAAGUACUCGGUUAUCCUGCCGACGUACAACGAGCGCCGCAACCUCCCCAUCAUCACCUGGUUGCUGAACCGCACCUUCACAGAGAACAACCUCGACUGGGAACUGAUAAUCGUCGACGACGGCUCGCCGGACGGAACACAGGAGGUCGCGAACCAGCUGGUCAAGGCGUACUCGCCGCACGUGGUGCUGAAGCCGCGCGCGGGCAAGCUGGGGCUGGGCACGGCGUACGUGCACGGGCUGCAGUUCGCGACGGGCAACUUCGUCAUCAUCAUGGACGCCGACUUCAGCCACCACCCCAAGUUCAUCCCGCAGAUGAUCGCGCGCCAGCGGGCCGGCAACUACGACAUCGUCACGGGCACGCGCUACGCCGGCGACGGCGGCGUCUUCGGCUGGGACCUCAAGCGCAAGUUCGUGAGCCGCGGCGCCAACCUGUUCGCCGACACGGUCCUGCGCCCCGGCGUCAGCGACCUGACCGGCAGCUUCCGCCUCUACAAGAAGCCAGUGCUGCAGAAGGUCAUCGACACCACCGAGAGCAAGGGCUACACGUUCCAGAUGGAGAUGAUGGUUCGCGCGAAGGCUAUGGGCUGCACCGUUGCCGAGGUCCCCAUCACCUUCGUCGACCGCCUGUACGGCGAGUCCAAGCUCGGUGGAGACGAGAUUGUCGAGUAUGCGAAGGGUGUGCUGAGCUUGUGGUUGAAGGUUUGA